AUGCCCGAACACAUCUCUUCAUCCUCAUCAUCCUUCGCACCGACUGACUGUAGUCAAACAAAUUCCUGUUCAGUGAGCAACAGUACUAAUGUUGAAAACUAUGAAACAAGUUUGCAUCGAACAGCUGGAUUUGUUAUCCAAUCAGUUUUACUUGUAUUUAUUAUAAUUGGCAAUUCUAGUGUACUGAUAUGGGCAUUGAAGAAUGUACAUAAAUCUCGAUUAAACAGAUUUGUGAUAAACUUAGCAAUUGCAGAUUUAUUUGUCGGUCUAGGAAAUCUCAUUCCUGAUAUUGUCUGGAAAACAACGGUUAAGUUUUAUGGACCAACUUGUUUGUGCAAAGUGACCAAGUAUUUAAUGAAUACAAGUGUGAUGAGCAGUACUUAUGCAUUGUUGUCACUGAGUAUCGACCGGUGCAUUGCAAUAAAAUGGCCAUUUUCAAGAAUUUAUGAUCAGGAUCGCUAUACAGUUAUGCUUUGCAGUCUGGGGUGGAUAUUUGCGAUGAUAUUCAACAUUCCAUCUCUGGUGUUUUUUGAUAUAAACAUACUUCCUCAGUUCGGUAGGCAAUGUUGGAUUACUUGGUCCUCUGGUACUUGGAAGCUCUAUUUGGUGAUUAUGAGUCUGCUGAUUUUCUUCAUACCAGUUGUGUUGAUAAUUUUGACACAUAUAACAAUAGUAAGAACAAUAUGGAAAGUGAGGAAUUCUGUUCUACGCUAUCACGUUCAUACACCGAGAACAUCUCAAAGUAAUAUACAUGUUGAAGAUAGACGUCCGAGGGAAAUUCAUUUUGAAGAGAAGAUAGGUUUGUCUAGAGCAUUCAAAUCUUGUGGAGAACCUCAUGAUUGUUUUCAACAGGAGUCAGUUUCAAAUAAGAAAACUGAAAUGAAGAGUAUGAAUUUCGAAGUACUAUCAAGCGAUACGCCAAUUUCGAUACGGCAGAAUUCAUGUGAACUGUCGAAGGCGAACUUAGUGGUUUCAAAGAAAUGUACGCAUUUAGAAUUCACUGAUAAUAAAUUAGAACACCAUAGUGUUUUGUCACGUGCAAAAAUGAAAUCUAUUCAGCUUACAUUCCUAAUUGUUGCAGUUUUCAUAGUUUGUUGGUUACCUUAUGUGGUUUGGAAUUACGUUAUGACAUUCGGUGGCCGGAAAAUGACAAGCUCAAUUAUGUAUACAUCCAUUGUAUUCAAUCAAUUAGUGAAUCUGAAUGCUGCUGCAGAUCCAAUUGUAUUUUGGCUGUUCCACGUACGUCGUUCAGGAAGCAGACGUUCAUGUCCAUGUUCAAAAAGACCACCUGCCACUGUAGUUUUAAAAUCUUAA